CUUCCUCCUACCGAGGGCUUUUCCGGUUGUUACGGCUCCCUCCCCCUGCUCUGCAAUUUCUCUUAUCAACGAGCAAGGCGGCCAGGAUGGAUAUUGUGAAUCAGUUGGUUGCAGGCGGACAGUUCAGAGUCCUCAAAGUUCCCCUGGGCUUCAUCAAAGCUCUAGAAUGGAUCUUCGCCAUCUUUGCAUUCUCAACAUGUGGGAGUUACUCCGGGAUGUUCAAGAUGAGUGUGGAGUGUAAAAACAGGACCGAGAGCGACCUGAGUAUAAAAGUGGAGUUCGAGUAUCCUUUCAGGCUUCACCAAGUAUACUUUGACGCCCCAACCUGUAAAGGGGGUCCCCCCGAGCGUCUCUUCCUGGUUGGUAACUACUCUUCCUCGGCAGAGUUCUUCGUCACCAUCGGUGUGUUUGCCUUCCUCUACUCCAUGGCUGCCCUCAGCGUCUACGUCUUCGCCCUGGAGAAGUACCGAGAGAACAACAAGGGACCACUCAUCGAUUUUGGCGUGACGUGUGUGUUCACCUUCAUGUGGUUGGUCAGCUCCGCUGCGUGGGCUAAGGGCCUGUCGGAUGUCAAGGCGUCCACGGACCCUGAGAAGGUGGUGGAUCUGAUCUCAGCCUGCGACGAGGAAGGGAACCACUGUCGCGAAGUUCACGACCCCGUCAUGUCUGGACUCAACACCUCCGUCUGUUUUGGCUUCAUGAACCUGGUGCUGUGGGGAGGAAACCUGUGGUUCGUCUUUAAGGAGACCGGCAUCAUCGCCCCCUUCAUGCGCGCCCCACCUCCCCAGGAGAAGCAGCCCGCCCCAGACUCGUACGGCCAGCAAGCGGGGUACGAGCAGGACCCUUACGCCGGUUCCCAGGGGGGCUACCAGCCAGAAUACAACCAACAGCAGCAGGGCUACAACCAGGAGGGCGGAGAGUACGGACAGGCCCCCACCUCCUUCGCCAAUCAGAUGUGAGGGGGAGGAGGAAAGAGGAAGUGUGGAGGCAGCUGGCGAUGGAGUCAGCGGGGAGAGACUCGAGAGUGUGGUGCCUGAAAACUACAGUACCCACAAUGCCACACUCCUUCCUGUGUGUUUGUUCGUGCAUAUGUCUGUGUGCUGAGUAAAUGAGGGAGGGAGGGGGGUAGAGAGUUACCUAAACACAAAAACAGAAGGGAACAGGGAGGGGGGAGGGACUAGAUGUUAGUUAUUGUAACUGGGGAAAAAGACAGUACAUGAAGAAAAACUUGAACACAAAAUGUGGAAAAAAGAUUUUAAAAAUAAAAUAAAUAAAAAAUUGAUUACAAUGUUGAUAAUAUUAAUAUUAAAAUCUGAGAGAAUGUAUUUGUCUGUGCUUUAUAGAUGUCACUAUGAACAAAAUAUAUAGACAAAUAUUUGGUAAUGCUAUGUAUGGAACUAUUCAAAUGUUUGUUUUUGAGUUUAGUAAAUAAAUAAUCGUAACAAUGAUUGCUCCUCCUCACAACAGUUUGCACUCUUUUUAUUUUUUAUUUUGGUACAAAUUCUUCUUUGUAAUUUGAUCAAAUGUUUUAUUUGAUUAAUCUGCUUGUUUUGUUGUGUUUCUACAUCGCUGAGAUAUAUUACAGAGGAAUAGAGAAGAGGUUGAUGGACUAAAACCAGUGUCAUUAUAUAUACACUGGCCAUGAAACAAAUCAAACACGAUCAAAAGAGUCAUUAAUUAAUCAUUGGUUUAUUGAUAUUUUUCUUCCCUCAGUCUAAGCUUCCUGAACCUUGUUUUGGUUGAACUUGUAUCCAUGCAUUACAGUAGGAAUACAGUAAAGUCCAUGCAUUACAGUAGGAAUACAGUAAAGUCCAUGCAUUACAGCAGGAAUACAUUAUGAACUGCUAGAGGAGCAUGGUACCAUUGAAUAUUCCAUCUAGUACAAUGCCCUCCUUAUCCGUCUCUCUCUCUCUCUCUCUCUCUCUCUCUUUAUCCGUCUCUCUCUCUCUCUCUCUCUCUCUCUCUCUCUCUUUAUCCGUCUCUCUCUCUCUUUAUCUGUCUCUCUCUCUUUAUCCGUCUCUCUCUCUCUCUUUAUCCGUCUCUCUCCCUCUCUUUAUCCGUUUCUCUCUCUCUCUCUCUCUCUCUCUUUAUCCGUCUCUCUCUCUCUCUUUAACCGUCUCUCUCUCGCUCUCUCUCUCUCUCUAUCCGUCUCUCUCUCUCUUUAUCCGUCUCUCUCUCUCUCUUUAUCCGUUUCUCUCUCUCUUUAUCCGUCCCUCUCUCUCUCUCUCUUUAUCCGUCUCUCUCUCUCUCUCUCUCUCUUUAUCCGUCUCUCUCUCUUUAUCCGUCUCUCUCUCUCUCUCUUUAUCCGUCUCUCUCUCUCUCUCUCUCUCUCUCUCUCUCUUUAUCCAUCUCUCUCUCUUUAUCCAUCUCUCUCUCUUUCUCUCUCUCUCUCUCUCUCUCUCUCUCUCUCUUUAUCCAUCUCUCUCUCUCUCUUUAUCCAUCUCUCUCUCUCUCUCUCUCUCUCUCUUUCUCACACACACACACACAUUUACAGUAGAAACCAUUUAGAAUAGAGUUUACGGUAAAACGUUUUUGGGGUCUUGAACAAUUGAAAAGGGUUCAUCAUUUGUGACUUUACUUUGAAUUUAAAAUGUUUUUGACACAUAUUGAUUACUGAAACAAGGAAACAUUCCCAAGCCAAUAGACAUUUCAAAUCUUGUAUUUCAAACCCGCUUCCUUGUAUCGACUUCCUGUAUUGACUCUGUUAUAACCCAGUAAUGAUCUACUGUCGUAUUUAUCCUUCCAACUAGAGAGAGGCAGAUGUGACCCUUUACAUAUCAGACUGCUUGUUUAGAUGUCCUGAAGACUCCAGCUCGCUGAAACUGCAACAUGACACCAUGCUAGACCAUUUACUGACUCCGAAGUUUAGUUUCAGUUUGUGCAAAGUUUUACUCUUGAUAUAGAAACGAAACAUUCCAAAACACACACCUCUCUCUCCCCUUCUCCCACCUUUUUCUCUCUCUCUUUCUCUCUCUCUCUCUCUCUCUCUCUCUCUCUCUCUCUCUCUCUCUCUCUCACACUGCACCACGUACUAGGUUAAGUUUCUCUUUUAUAAAUAUGCUAUUCAGAUACUCUGUUGUUGGUGGUGUUUGAUGUGUCUUGUCUCAAUGCCUGGGUUGUGCUGUAUUUAUUGUGUAUGAUAUAUAUAUUUAGCAUUGAUGAUGAUGUUGACAACAAUGGUUACUUAUGGCUAAACAACAGGUUGACCAAAAUGACCAUGAAAUCUGUUGUCUUCUUCUAUGGAAUCCAUGUGUGGGAAAACUGUCAAUAAAGAGGAUGUUAUCAUGGG